GUCGCGGCGGCCCCACGCGAGGCGCGGUCAGGCGGCGCCGGGAGCCUCCACCCCCGGCCCACCCUGCCCGGGCUCAUCAUGUGACGCGGGAUUGAAGUGGAUCUAGGGACAAAUGGAUGACUGAAUAUUCAUAUGAAGAGGAAAGCCAUAAAAGACAUCAGCGCCUUUGAGAACAGAAUGUUAAUGCUUGAUGGGAUGCCGGCAGUCAGAGUCAAAACAGAGCUGCUGGAAUCUGAGCAAGGGUCUCCAAACGUCCACAACUACCCAGAUAUGGAUGCUGUACCCUUGUUACUAAACAACAUGAAGGCUGACCCCACGGAGGAUUCAUUAUCUACAGACCAUUUCCAAACACAGACUGAACCUGUGGAUUUGUCAAUAAACAAAGCCAGGUCAUCCCCUACAGCAGCUUCAUCUUCACCGGUUUCCAUGACAGCAUCAGCCUCCUCCCCUUCUUCUACUUCUACUUCUUCCAGUCGGCCAGCUUCAUCCCCCACAGUAAUAACAUCAGUCUCCUCGGCAGCAUCUGUACCAUCAGUAUUAACUCCAGGUCCUCUUGUGGCCUCUGCAUCUGGUGUUGGAGGCCAGCAGUUUUUGCACAUUAUCCAUCCAGUACCACCUUCAAGUCCCAUGAACUUGCAGUCCAACAAAAUGAGUCAUGUGCACCGUAUCCCCGUGGUGGUACAGUCGGUGCCUGUUGUCUAUACAGCUGUGAGAUCACCUGGCAAUAUGAACAACACUAUAGUAGUACCACUGUUGGAGGAUGGGAGAAGCCAUGUCAAAGCACAAAUGGACCCCCGAGGCCUAUCUCCCAGACAAAUUAAAAGUGACAGUGAUGAUGACGACCUGCCAAAUGUGACCUUAGAUAGCGUUAAUGAAACUGGAUCUACAGCGCUCUCCAUAGCCAGAGCAGUACAAGAAGAGAGCAUGUGGGGCUGUGCCAGGUCAGCUGUUAACCCUUUUCGUUUUUUCAACUCCAGCUCAAUUUCACCGUUCAGUAUUGAGAGCACAAGGCGUCAGAGGAGGUCUGAGUCUCCAGACUCCAGGAAGCGGCGCAUCCAUCGGUGUGACUUUGAGGGAUGCAACAAAGUAUACACAAAAAGCUCCCACCUGAAGGCUCACCGGAGAACGCACACAGGAGAAAAACCCUACAAAUGUACCUGGGAAGGCUGCACCUGGAAGUUUGCUCGAUCUGAUGAACUGACGAGGCAUUACCGCAAGCACACAGGAGUGAAGCCAUUCAAGUGUGCAGACUGUGACCGCAGUUUCUCCCGCUCGGAUCACCUGGCGCUCCACCGCCGCAGGCACAUGCUGGUUUGAGAAAUGCUACCUGUUCCAGCUGAGUUUAAGAGCUGGGUCUCUUAACUACCCACAGUGAAUUCAGCAGGGCUGAAUCUCCCUCUACAGUGUUAACAGGCAGGGCUUUCCCUGAUAUCUGUAACAAAAAAUAAUAACAGAAAUUUAAAAAAAGCAGGAAAAGAAGUGCCACUCUUCUCCUCGCCAUCUGAAGUUAACCCUGUCUGCCCCUCAGCAUGGCUACCCCUGAAAGUGUCAUCACAAUCACCUGGGAAAUAGCAGCCGAGAUGCUACAGGAAUGGGCAUUAUUUUACAUGCUGCAUCCUUUGACAAAAAAUGUUUAUAGCUUGUAUGUUUUCUCAGCUGCCAGACAUUUUGUUCCUGAAAAAUCACUGCUGGUUGGAGUAUAGAUACCACGAACUGUUGAUAGUGAUGAUGAUGAUGAUGAUGAUGAUGAUGAUGAUGAUGAGAGCAAGACCGCUAGAUCUGUAUUAUGCCAUCUUUUCCCUCGUUUUCUAUACCAUCUGGCCGGUGUCAGCACUGCACUGGAGCUGUGCUACAGACAAGCUGCAUGUGAGUAGGCAAGAAGAUUCUGCUGGAGAGGUCCUGCUGCCAGAGCUGGAGGUUUGCAUGAUCAGACUUUUGCAAUAAUGAUGGUGGCAUUUUAAUAUCAUACCACAACUUGUCAUUAUGCCCUAGAGGACACCAGCCAUUUAACUUUUUUCUUUUAUGGUUUUUUUCCUUCUUUUCUUUCGUUGUUGUCAUUGUUGAAGUCUGUAAAAUAAGCAAAGGGCAGCAACACCUCUGCUGAAAUACCAUAUUAAGUAUCUGUUUUACCAUGGAAUUAAUUAGAUUCAUUUUCUGAUUUGUAUAGAAAGAACCCACCUAAAAACUCCUAUCCUAUUCUCAGUGUGCUGUUUUCUUUCAUGCAGGUAUCCUCUUUCCCACAACCAUUAUUUGAACCCAGGGGAAUAGUCAGAUCUUGUACUUGCUGGUACCAAGGUUAGUGGUAUAGCCAUUCAUGAGAUGGAAUUGAAUGUAUCAUCAAAACAAAACAGAGAAGAAACGGCUGCAUCUCUUGCAGAGAAAAAGCAAUAAUGAAUAAAAUGGCUCUUGAGACAAUAAUUUACUCCACACCAACAGAAGUGGGGGGUAUGCAGAAACAGCAUGUAGGAUUUAAAUUAAUCUUUUUGCUGGUUUCACUGACCUGCUAGGCACCACAAUUAAGUACUUCUAUUUCCUUUAACAUAAUACUUGUGGAAAGCAGGGAAGAUAAAGGAAAGAGUUGAUUGUUGAGGAGGUAGUGGAUGAACUGUAAGUAGGACAGAGAAACAUGCAGUUGUGCUCUGCAAGACAUUAGAUUUCUCCCUGGGAGUUAGGGAAUAACAAAAUUUUGCCAGCUGUAUAGUAUAAAUGGACCUCUGUAGGGUACCAGUGGCUGCCUCUGCUUGGAUUUUCAAUCCAAGCCUUUUCAGAUUAAAUAAAAGGAAAUUCUUGAUCAUUCCCAUACAGCCCUGUAAUUGCAAACCAAUUUCUAUUAAUUGAAUUAUGUAGGAAAGAGAGAAACUCUUAGUCAUUAGUUAUUCAUGCAAACAGAAUAGUGUUUUUCUGUUUUCUUUCCUCAGAAGGAUCUGCCUAUUCAGCUAAAUUUGACAAAGGGGAGGCUUGGCAAUAUUUUCUAAGUGUUGAGAUUUUCAUAGCUUAGAAAUGAAAGAUGUAAACAUAAGGUCUUUUGCAAUGCAUUUAAUUAUUAAUAUUUUGUUGCAGUGAUUCCAGAUUAAAUUUAUGAUGCCACUUGUUUGUUUUUAAAUGUUUGACUGUCUCAGUUAAUAUCAGAUUCCUGUAGUAAAUGUAGUAAUGUUGGGGGGAUUCUGGAAUCCAAGUAAUCUUUAAGAAAAAACAACAGAGUACCCAUACAGAUACAAAAGUAAUUACAGUUAAUUGAGGAUUAAUAUGACUGGGAUUAUAGUUUAUAACAGCAUUCACAAGACUCCAGAGUUUGAUUGUCUUUAAAUAUCCUUAAUGUUCGCCAGUAUGGAUAGUUUAUCAGCUCUCUGAAAGAACUUAGAAGAAAUUCACUCACUGCCAAGUGGUGAGCAGAGAAACUCAACACAAAUUAUUCACAGCUGUUGUGGGAAAAAUGCCUCUAUCAAUUCCCAUUGACCAUGUUAGUGAUCUACUUCCACCACAUUUGAUAACAUUCUAGAAUCCAUCUCCAAAUCAGGGACAGGGCAGGGCUUCUGGAUAGACCAUGAGGCAUUGCAGGACAGCAGAACUGUGUCUUUAUGAGCAGCAUUACUACUGUUGAUUUUAAAAGCUGGUUGUCAAAGUAUUGUAUGUGAGGUGCUUCAUAGAUUAUGUCUGAGGUCUGGUUUUUGUGUACUUCAAUAUCAUCCCCUUAAAUGCAUCUGUCAUUGUUGGCAUUUAGGGAAAGAAGUCAGGUCAGGUAGAACUCCAUUGAUAAAAUUCUUUUCUUGCCCAAGAAUAUUUUACAAACUAAUUAUUUGAAUAGCAGUAAUUCAGUUGAAGAACCAAUGGCAUACAGAAUUCCUUUUGGGAUCUGUGGUUUGUUUGUUUUUUUUUUUUUUCUUUUUUUUCCCUCUCAUAGAAAAUUAAGUUUGCUUGAGCAGAAACUCCUACUGAGCAUUCUGUUAGGGUAGAGGAGGAUGUGACGUUACUCUCAAACAUCAGUUGCAGGGUGCAACAGGGAGAGAUCAGUGUUCCUCUUUAGGCUUCCCCUGUUGUCAAUGAAGACAGAGAAACUACAAGAGAAAUGGAAAGGCCUUUAAUUUUAGUGUUCAGCUUUGAAAUGCCCUGUGGAAGAGCGUAUGUAUAACAGACCCUGGAGAGGCUCAUCUCCCAAGGCCGAUGUUGGUCUCUGUGAAUCCCUGUUUUUUCAGCUGGUUGCCUGUUACUGUUGUGAAUUGGAAGCACUGCAACAGAAAGAGGGUCUGGUUUUAUUCAAAGAACCCCAAAGUGAUAGAGGGUUAAAGCAGCAGUAAUGCCAAGGGACAGAGGCGCAGAGUGUGGCAAAUGGUAGGAGAAUGAAGCCAAAAGGUAAAGGAGUGUGUGCUACAUUCUGUUACUUCACAGGCAGGAGGUACAUCCUCAGCCUUUCCAGCACAUGUGCAAGGGCUUCUCAUGCUGCUGUUACCUGUAGACGAAUUACACAACCAGCAGUAGUCCACUGCUGGGUUUCAAAUACACAAUAUUUUUCUUGAUGAAGUUCACAUUCAUACCAUCACCUUCAGGCUUUGAUCCCAGUUACUCCACAGGGUUGUUUUUUGGGUUUUGUCCCCUUCAGAAGUAUUUUAAGAGAAGUUACUUGGAAGGAUGGGGGUGUUUGAAUGUGGAGCUGAUGUCCCCCAGAUCCUCAGUGUGUCUUUGCCUUUAUUGGAUGUGGUUCAAACCUGCCAAGUUUCUGUGCUUGUGCAAAGACAAUGGGCAAUUGCUCCGAGGUAGUUUCUUCAAAAAUCCUGGUACCCCACCACAGGUCUGUGACAUUUCCUGGCUGUGGCGAAGGCUUACGUCAUGUGUAGCAUGCAGAAAUACCAGAUCUCAUCCUGACACGAUGCGGUAAGCCCAUCUUAAUUGAGCAGUUGGGAUACACAAACAUACAGUGUCCCAUUCCUUCAGAAAGGCAAGAGAUUUCAGUCCAUCAUGCCGUGGCAUUGCAUGUUACAGCUUGAGAGGGAAAUUAUGCCAUGAAGUGUCAGAUUUCAUAUAUUUUCAAAAGUUCUAAAUGGAUUUGUCAGGCAACCUCAGGAGCCAGCAUUUUAGGAAAAUGUAAUGAGCAAACAGCUUUGAUACUAAACUUUUAAAAUGUUUAAUUGUGUUAUUAUUUUUUGAGCACCCCUUAUAUUCAGCACUGUAAAAUUGGCUCAUUGCAACAGCAAUUUUUACUUGGGGAUGAAGAUGCAGUAUUCCUUAUUCUCUCUCAUGCUUACAUAAUUAAUUAAAUAGAUUAAGACUGACUUGUAUAUAUGAUUAUUUGCUGAAGUAAUGUAUAACAAAAUUAACAGUGUUGAAAAUUACAUCAGUGAUGUUCAUGUUUGGGUAAACUUACAGUGCAGAGCAUGGACAAAUAGCUGUACAGCCAUUCUGCCCUUUAAUAAUGAGAGUAACAGUGAUCAUAAAUCUCGUUUUCCAUUAGCCACAUUGAAAAUGUAUUCUAGUUACCAUUUAUAAAUUUAAAUUCUGGUAAUAAAUGCUGUUUAAUGUAAAAAAAAAAUCUUUCCCCUUUAUUGAAAGUGGGUACCUCAAAAUCAGGGUAGGUGUGACUAACAAUAUCCCACUUACUUUUUAGUUUGAAUUUGAGUUUGGAAAGGUCAUUGUGUGAAACUGUAUCUUCCACAGCAGUCAAGUCCUAAGAUCGUUCAGUAAAUCCAUGCUACUCCCACAUGCUCAUCCUUACGCUCAUGCAUAUGAACUCCAGCACUUCCAUAUGUCUCUACCCAUGUGCAGGUAAUAAACAAGUUUAUUUGUAAUUAAAAUUUACGGGGGAAAAAAAACAAAAAAAAGAUCAGAAAAGGAAGAAUUUUAAGUAAACACUGUUACAGAAAAUACUACCUUAAGAAACGAGCUCAUAUUAUAGUGUUAUGGCUUUGCCUGUGAUACGUGACUGGAGAAUUGCACAAAGAAAUUGUUGUAUUUUCACAGGUUUGCUAUAGCGUAGCAGUUGCUACGUAAUGUAUGCUUAUGAAGUCAUGCCCACUGGAACAUUGAAAAGGCUUAAAUUCUUCACAAUAAAAGAAAGGCAUAAAAAUGUAACUUUUGGCAUAAAAAUGUAACUGUAAGGAUACUGCAUCUUUAGAAAUCAAAGUAACUUCAAAGUAUUUUACUAUACUUGUAAAAGUUAAAAUGUGAUACGUGUGAUAAUGGAAAAGUAUUUUCAAACUCACAGUUUUACAUGGGGUGUUAAAUAGCUGAAAUGAAAUACAUUUUUAAACAAUCCUUACCUUCAGUUUUCAUUGGGAAGACUGUUAGGAUAAUGCCUUGCAAAGCUUAAACACAAAACACAAGGAAGUAAAUUGUUCUGUUUUAUCAGAGCGUGUUUUCUCUGCAAAAUGGAGUGGCCACUUCUUUGCUGUUUUGCAGAUGGUGUGUGAUAUAACAAAGUUUUACUGAGUCCUUCCGUGUCAAAUAAGUCAAUGCUCAAUGUCUUUGACUAAAUAAAGAAAAAAAAACAUUUAAACAAAAUGAAAACCAUAUGAAAGGUUUGUCGGUUUGUGAUUUCUUUUUUUCCUUCUGGCAUUUUACAAUGAACUACAGAUACAGGAAUGGCAAACACUUAUAUGAUUUUAUUUCUUCUUGUAUUUCCCCAACUACAGUGCAUCCUGAUGAAAGGUUGCAGAGCUGAAAUAGGCAGCUGCUUUUUGCUGAUUCCAGGGGAGUUUAGUCUUCUAGGUGCAGUAACAUGUCAAGAAUAUCCAUUGUAGCAGGACGGUUCUGACAUUUAAAAUACACAUACACUUCAGUGAGAUAACCUGAAAUCUAUUUUAGAGGUGAAACAGAAACUGAAAGUGCCUGUAAUUAGAAUUGAUGGGAUGUUCCUAUACUUUUACACAGCAAUAACUUAAUGGAAUUCUGUUAACAAUAAGGUGAAAAUGAAAUUUUACUUGGAGAACAAUAAUGCAGCACAGAAACAAACACAAAGUGCCAUUUGUAUGUUCACAUGUUGAGAUACUGUGUUAAGAGUUUUUAGUUAUUUUCUCAGAUAACAUCUGUCAUAUAUUUGUAAGAAGAAAAUAAAUCUUAGUUUACAAAUUACUCGUAGCUGUACCGAUUCUCAGUAGGUGUGAUUGGAAGUCGUUGUCAGAGCGGUGUUUUACGGAAUUUCUUCCCAAUUUAUGUUGGAUAUGCCCAUGUAUCCACGGUAUUCUCUAGUGAAGUAAUCCAAAACCAGCAAUAAGCCCAAUGGAGCUUUUUUUUUUAGGGAAUAUGAUAGAAUAGGGACUCUUGAAAAAUCCUCUGCAUUAAACUCUGGAAACACAAGAGUUCACCUUAUGUCUCCUUUCUCUUCAUCAUGUAGUGCUCACAGGAUUUAAUAUCAUCUUGGUUGACUUCAUGAGUGGACAAAAUAAAUCGCUUCUCUUUCUUUUGGGGACAAAUGAGUGAAAAGUUGGGGUCUGUCAGUGUAGAGACUCUUUGAAUAGCAAAUAAGAAGUUGAUAUUCCUAAGAUGAAGUAUGGAGAUUUUUAUUUUGUGUGGCCUAAACAUUUGCAUCAGUAGACUAAUUGAUCUUACCAGAAAAUGGCCAGCUGUGACUCUUGCACUCUUACUUUUCCUCAAUUUUUUUGUAAAUAUUAACUACUGCUAAUGGAUUCUUAAAAUAGCAGUGUAAUGCCAGCCCUCAUGCUUCUUCUAUUUUUAAAAAUUAAUUUAUCAGAAAUCAAAAUGUAACUGGUUGUCCUGAUGCCUUUGCCUGGGAAAAUUGCUUUUCAUCCUCCAAAUUUGUACCUGUCAUUUUUCCGGGCAAAAUUUUGUAUUUGAGAAAUCCUGUAUUUUGUUUAGACUUCUGCUGCCAUGAGUGGGUUGCUGCUAGAGUCUCACUGAGGCUCAUACACAGAUGAAAGUGCAGGUCCAAAACCACCA